CUCUCACGUCUCAGCACCAUAAACCCUUAAGCUAGGGUUAGGGUUUCAGUUUCCUCUGUUUCUCUAGUGCUUAAUUUCCCGGUUUUAGCACAGUUACUCCAUCGGGGUAUUCGUUAAACGGAAUUUCUAUUUGGGUUUUGUGUUGGUUUCCUUUCAUUGAAUCUGGAUCUAAUGGAUACCCGAAAGAGAGCGAAGUCUGAAGCUUCUUUCUACGCUAAUGGCGCCCUCAAGAAAUCCAAGCAUGAAACGGACAACUUAUCUGGUGUAGGAAGCAAAUCGAAGCCAUGCACCAAGUUUUACAGCACUGCUGGCUGUCCAUUUGGUGAUAGCUGCCAUUUUCUGCACCACUUUUCAGGUGGAUACAAUGCGGUGGCCCAGAUGAUGAAUCUAGCGCCGGCCGUACCCCUGCCGUCUAGAAACAUGGCUGCACCACCACCUACAUCCAAUGGCUCAGCUUUUAAAUCUCGCAUGUGCAACAAGUUUAGUUCUGCUGAAGGUUGCAAGUUUGGUGACAAAUGCCAUUUUGCUCAUGGUGAAUGGGAACUUGGCAAUAGGAUUGCCCCAUCACAUGAUGAUCCCCGUGGGAUGGGACCCAUUCCAGGUCGUAUGGGCAGCCGGAUGGAGCCACCUGCACCAGGACCUGCCGCUACUUUUGGUGCCUCAGCUACUGCAAAAAUCAGUGUAGAUGCUUCCCUUGCGGGUGCCAUUAUUGGGAAGGGUGGUGUGAACUCUAAGCAGAUAUGUCGCCAAACAGGAGCCAAGCUUUCCAUCCGAGAUCACGAGACAGAUCCCAAUCUCAAGAACAUUGAGCUCGAAGGCUCUUUUGAGCAGAUUAAGCAAGCCAGUGCUAUGGUAAGAGAGCUGAUCCUAAGCAUAGGUCCUGUCCAUGCGAAAAAUCCUGGAGGUCCAGGAGGCACGGCUCAUACAAGUAGUAACAACUUUAAGACAAAGCUCUGUGACAACUUUGCCAAGGGAUCUUGCACCUUUGGGGAAAGAUGUCACUUUGCACAUGGAGCUGCAGAGUUGCGCAAGUCAGUUCUGUGAGGAUUCAGUUUCCAGAUUUUGCCGGUCGACACACUGUGUUGUGCAGUCAUGUAUUAGCAAGAGAGACCUGUUUUUUAUAUGUUGGUUUUGCAAUGCAUCUUAGUUGUACUGUUGAUAAAAGAUCAUUGUAUCAGAAUUUUUGACCUUCUCGAGUUUCAGUUUCAAGUUAUUGUAGCCUCUGUAGUCUUGAUUACAUUCUUCAAAGUUGGCGAGCCAACAAAUUGAGAGAAUUUUGUUUUCAUCCCUA